ACGUUGCACCGCCAGUCACAAUUUUGGAGCUCGACUGAGUGGUACCGCGAGUCUUCUGUUAUUCAGAAUGCGCGAGAUAGUUCACAUCCAAGCUGGGCAGUGCGGCAACCAAAUUGGAGCGAAGUUUUGGGAGGUCAUAUCGGAUGAACAUGGAAUUGACCCUACGGGGACAUACCAUGGAGAUUCGGACUUGCAGCUGGAACGCAUAAACGUCUACUACAACGAGGCCUCUGGAGGUAAAUAUGUGCCUCGUGCAAUUCUCGUGGACUUGGAGCCGGGCACAAUGGACUCUGUGCGGUCUGGGCCAUUCGGACAGCUGUUUCGACCUGACAACUUUGUGUUCGGCCAAAGUGGCGCUGGUAACAACUGGGCAAAAGGCCACUAUACUGAAGGAGCUGAACUGGUGGACUCUGUUCUUGAUGUUGUUCGAAAAGAAGCAGAGGGCUGCGAUUGCCUGCAAGGAUUCCAACUAACUCAUUCUCUGGGUGGUGGAACAGGCUCCGGCAUGGGCACACUUCUGAUUUCUAAAAUUCGGGAAGAGUAUCCCGAUCGCAUCAUGAACACAUUCAGUGUUGUUCCCUCACCAAAGGUUUCGGACACCGUUGUUGAGCCCUAUAAUGCCACCCUUUCAGUGCAUCAGUUGGUGGAAAACACUGAUGAAACUUACUGCAUUGACAAUGAGGCGCUCUACGACAUUUGCUUCAGAACUCUCAAGCUGACUACACCCACCUAUGGUGAUCUGAACCAUUUAGUUUCAGCCACUAUGUCUGGUGUUACGACUUGUCUGAGGUUUCCGGGCCAGCUUAAUGCAGACUUGCGCAAGCUAGCUGUCAACAUGGUGCCCUUCCCACGCCUCCACUUCUUCAUGCCAGGCUUCGCACCACUGACAUCCCGAGGCAGCCAGCAAUACAGAGCGCUGACUGUGCCAGAACUGACCCAGCAGAUGUUUGAUGCAAAGAACAUGAUGGCUGCCUGUGAUCCGCGCCAUGGCCGUUACCUCACAGUUGCUGCGGUAUUCCGGGGCCGCAUGAGCAUGCGGGAGGUCGACGAGCAGAUGCUCAAUGUGCAGAACAAAAAUUCCAGCUUCUUUGUUGAGUGGAUUCCCAACAACGUGAAAACUGCAGUCUGCGACAUUCCACCCAGAGGCCUCAAGAUGUCUGCAACAUUCAUCGGUAACAGCACCGCCAUCCAGGAGCUCUUCAAGCGUAUCUCCGAGCAAUUCACUGCCAUGUUCAGGCGCAAGGCUUUCCUUCACUGGUAUACUGGAGAAGGAAUGGAUGAAAUGGAGUUCACAGAGGCGGAGUCAAACAUGAAUGAUCUGGUUUCAGAGUAUCAACAGUACCAAGAAGCUACAGCUGAUGAAGAAGGGGAAUUUGAAGACGAUGAGGAGGCCCAAGCAGAAGCCUAGGCAUUCAUUUUUUUUUUUCAGAGUGUUUUUUUUUUUUAUGGAACAAUAAAGCUUUCUUUAUUUAACAUGGUUA